GGAGAACCAGGGCAAAUAGUUAGGAAGUCACCUCGUAACUGGCAUUGCCAUCCUGAUAAACCUCAGUGUCGCAGAUUGUUUGGACUUCCUCCACAGUCGUCAGCUGUUCCUUCUUGGCCCUCUAAGAGGAUUGGAACUCGACGUUCCAACGCAGCAUGGUGCAUACCGCCGUGCCCGAACUGUACGAAGACGAUGCGCAUUCCGUAGUCGAGAUACGAACAGACAGCCUCUCCUCCCUUCGCGAACUCGGUCCGCCCGACCUUGUCCACAUUGUCAAGCAACCCGUGAAGAGCUCAGCGAAGCAGAUUGGUAUAUAUCAUCAUGUCACUGGCAUCGAUGCCUCAUCCUCGGCAAGCCUCGCGGCAUACAUAAACACCCUAACCCACCAGCCGCACGACAAGCAAAACAAGGUCAUAUCAGGCCUUUACUGCUGCUACAAUGCCUUUUCGCGAGUGGACAUGCGUGUUCAGGUGCAGAUCCCAGGCACUGUGGAAAGCUACUGUGUCGACGAACGGGGCAACAAGCUCGAAGCCACAGAGGAGCAUUGGCUGGAGACAUACCUCUGUAGUGUGUUGAGGGCGUACUCGUACGCGGACAAUGGUUCCGGAGACUCCAUCAAGCGAAUAAUAGGCGUAAGACGGUUCAAUCCCGUAACGAGCACGGAGCAGGAGCACAAGUUCUUGGAUGCGGCAGAGAAGCUCUUCUUUAGCGGCUGGCAAUUGGGCUCAGACCCAGAGAUACAAGUACCCAACCUUGUCGCGAACCACCUGACUUCUGGACUAUUGCACUAUAUCAGAACGAGCGGACGUUUCACAUCGGGUAUCAAUCUCUUCGAGAAGCUACGGACACGUGACCCGGAGAUAUCGUCGCUGCUCGCGAAGGUAUACAUCAUGGGCGAUGAGGAGGUCAAGGCUAUCCAGUUGCUGCAUGAAGCGAUUGAAGAACUGCCGAUGGACUACUCGUUACUGGACUGCCAAGCGGAGUUCUGCAUCAAAAAGGGAAGAGGUGAUCUGGCGCUUGAGAUUGCGAAGCGAGGAGUAGUCUCAGCACCGAGCGAGUUUGGCACCUGGGCGCGGUUAGCGGAGAUCUAUGUUGCGUUGGAGCAAUGGGAUCAUGCAUUACUUACCCUCAACUCAUGUCCCAUGUUCACAUACCAAGAUAAGGAUGCGCCGAGGCUACCGGAGCCUGCGAGGGUGUCUUUGCCACUUGCACCGGAGACCAUUUGUGACGAGAUCGACGAUGCAGGAGCGGCGCCGGAAGUCGACAUGGUGCAUCCAACCUUACGGCGACUGGCUGCUGGUAACUACAAAGGCACUUUCCACAAGGCGUACAUGCUCCUAACCGAGAUCACGAAGAAGAUCGGAUGGGAUCAACUCCUGAAGAUCCGAAGUCAGGUAUUUGUGAUGGAGGAAGAGUAUCGCAACGAAAAGCAGCAUCAGCCUGGCGAUCGCAGUAGGAAUGCAAGCACCGUUGCCUUGAGAGGAACGGACACGCCACAGCCGAACGGUCACGGCGAGCCAGAGGUCCACGAACCGCCUUCAUCCGCAGACUCUGACGGCCCGCCGCAAGCGAACGGCGAGCCUCAAGCAGCAGCAUCACAUCUCGAUCCCGACGUCUCCAAACCAUCACAAUCCGUCACGGUCCGUGCAACGGAAUCUUCCACACCCGAGCCUCCUCAUCCGCCAGCACCCCACGCCAACUCCUCGUCUUCUGCCACGAACAACACUGAACAAGACUAUACUCAGUUUCAUCACAAGCGGCUCUGCGAGCGCUGGCUCGACAACCUCUUCAUGGUUCUAUACGAAGACCUGCGCAUUUACACCAUCUGGCGGACGGAGGCGGCACAGUAUCGGCAACAACAACUGGCGUACAAGAAAUCCGCGGAGGAGUGGGAGAUCCUGGGUGAGCUUGCUGAGCGAUUGCACAGAGAUGAUGAAGCGACUGAAGCCUGGAGCAAUUGCUUGGGAAUGCGUUUCAGUCCCAAAGCGAUGAGGGGCAUGCUGGCCGCUUUUGAGAGCAAACGCGACGGAAGGAGUGUACUAGACAGUCUUAUUCGGUUGGUGGCGUGGCAGUAUCGGUGGUAUUCUGAGUUCUCACCCGAUCUGCUCUUCACCACGCGGAAACUCAUCGAGCAAGAGGGCGCGGUCAAGGUGCGAAGUAUCAUACAAGCUACAUCGUUGCCGCAGCAUAUACUGGACCUUACCCAUCAGUACGCUGGGCUUUGCGCAGCGUUCAGUAGUAGCGGGACCGACGGAUGACCGGGGGGGGGCAAUACUAUAGCACUUCGGCCGGAUUUGUAUCCGAAGGAGGUGUUCGGCGAAACUGGAGCUGCAGCGAUGCUUGCACGCGGAGGAAGAGCGACAGGAAGCUUUGUCGGAUGAAUGGCAAUUUGACCCUGUGGCAUUUGCGCCCUGUGAGUGGCAUGUACUAGAAUAACGUGUUAGCUGAAUACCCUUUGCGCAGGCAUCAUCUUGCCGUGUUUGGCAAUACCUAAGCGGUCAAACUCCCGUACGCAUUCACAUUAUCUUCAACACGCUAAACGCGCUAGCAUCGCCUUGGGUUGCGACGUGAAGAUCUCGACUCGACUCGCAUCGGAAACGGAAGUUGCGACUGCUUUACGCUCCUUCCGGUUCA